GAGGGUAUAAAGGGCCGGGUGGAGGGCGCUCAGGCACAGCAAGUGUCCCCAGCACCAGGACUGCACCACGAGACUCCCCAGCCCAGGGUCCUGAUCUCCAGCCAGAAGCCAUGCUGCUGUGGCUGACCCUCGCCCUCCUGUGGAGCAGCCCCUGCUGGGCGGGGCAGACAUAUGGGAUUGGAGGAGGCUCCUAUUUCAGUACCUCUAAAGACAAUGAGAGUGAAAUCACUGGGAUUCGAGUGUACAUAGGUCUUGUGGGCCUAAUCAAGAGUAUCCAGGUGAGGUAUGGAUCCUCCUGGAGUGAAAAAUACGGAAGCCCAGGUGGGAACGCCCAGGAGUUCAUCCUGCAGCCUGGCGAGCACAUUAUAGCCGUCUACGGCACAUACAGGCUAUACCUCCGGUACUUGGUCCUAUACACAGACUUUGAUCGCUGGGCCACAUUUGGAGAGAAAACUGGCCAGGAGUUCUUUGCCUCCCCUGACACCAGUGAGAAGGUGCUCACUGGACUCUUUGGGCACCACAAGCUCCUGGGCAUCACAGACAUCGGCUUUCAGUGGGAUUAUCCUCUAAUAGACGUGACUUCUGCUCAACCAGAUACCACCCAAAUCCAAAAUAAGUCAGCACUCCCGGGUCCCUAGAGCUGGGAUGUGGGUCACCCUGCCAGGGCCCCUGGCUGGUGGGCUGACAGUACAGGGGAGUCUGAGUUGAGACCCUGAAUCAGGACCCACCAAUAAAUCAAGCUUCUGCAGGAA